AUGGGUUGUUGCUCGUCGAAUAUAUUCCAUGAUGAGGAAAAAGGAUUGGAAGAUCACUUGUUUCCAUAUCUUGAUUAUCAGGGACAACCGGAUGAUGAAUACAAACAGCUAGAUACUGAAAAUGAUCAAAAGGGUGAUACCGCUGUGGAGCAUAUAUUCAAGAAAACGAAGAUGGUAUAUGGACAACCUCCCAAGGAUAUGAGAAAUUUUCAAAUUGAUUGGAAACACGACUACAAUAUUGAUUUCGUUAAUCGACCAUGCCCAUAUGAUUUUCCAGCAUUUGAAGGCGAUAAACCAGCCGAUUAUGAUGAAAAUAAAGAUGUUACUGUAGAGAAAGAGAAAUUGAAAAAAGAUAAUGGCGAAGAAAAUGAAAAAGGAGGAGGAAGGAAAAGGAAAUCAAAGAGUAAAGGAAAAGGGAGAAAGAAGAGUGAUGGUAAAAAUGAUAAGAAGGGCAGGAAAUCAAAACGUUCGGCUAAUGAACUCGAUCAAUGUAGCCUUAGUGCGAAAAGUUGA